GGCCAUCAACAGAUUGCAGAACUGUUCCUGGAAAAGGGAAUCGAUGUUAUUUCGACCGAUGACAACGGCCACACACUUCUCUCGCGGGCCGCCCAACACGGGCACAAAGCAGCCGUCAAGUUGCUUCUCGACACAGGCCGGGUCGAAACCGACUCGAGAGAUAACGAUGGCCGGACACCACUAUUAUGGGCCGCAGAGAACGGUCACUAUACGGUGGUCAAUAUGCUCCUCGACACAGGCAAGGCUGAUGUC